AUGAGUGGCGAAAUGAUUGAAUUUAGUAUUAGACAUUCCGGUAAAGUUCACCCAAUAACACUUCCCAUUGAUGCCACUGUUGCUGACUUGAAAAAUAAAGUAGAGGAAUUGACCCAAGUUCCGAGUGCCCGCCAAAAAUAUAUGGUUAAGGGCGGGUUGGCCGGGGAAGAGUCCAUUAAAAUCUCCUCUUUGGUCAAAUCAGGAUCAACAGUGAUGCUGUUGGGGACUCCAGAUGCUAACUUAAUCUCUAAACCAGCAAAGAGAAACAAUUUUAUUGAAGACCUUGCGCCCGAGCAACAAGUUCAACAAUUUGCCGAAACGCCUGUAGGUUUCAAGAAUAUGGGUAACACGUGUUAUUUGAAUGCUACUUUACAGGCUUUGUACAGAGUGGACGAUUUAAGAGAUAUGAUUCUUAACUACAACCCCUCUCAGGAAGCCUCGAACAGUGGCGUACAAGAUGAAGAAACACAUAAGCAAAUUAUUAUUGAAAUGAAACGUUGUUUUGAGAAUUUACAGAAUAAGAGUUUCAAGAGUGUACUGCCUAUUGUGCUAUUGAACACUCUAAGGAAGUGUUAUCCACAGUUUGCCGAGCGUGAUGCACAAGGUGGGUUCUACAAGCAACAAGACGCCGAGGAACUGUUUACACAACUGUUCCACAGUAUGAGCGUUGUCUUUGGUGACAAAUUUUCCGAAGAGUUCAGAAUUCAGUUCAAAACUACAAUCAAAGAUACAGCUAAUGAAGACGAUGUUACUGUCAAAGAAAAUGAAAGUGAUUCCAAAUUGCAGUGCCAUAUUUCUAGCACUACAAAUUUCAUGAGAAACGGGCUGCUCGAAGGUUUAACAGAAAAAAUCGAAAAAAGAUCCGAUUUAACCGAUGCCAAUUCUAUCUACAAUGUUGAAAAAAAAAUAUCAAGACUCCCAAAGUUUUUAACUGUUCAAUAUGUUAGAUUUUUUUGGAAAAGAUCAACCAACAAGAAAUCUAAGAUUUUGCGUAAGGUAGUUUUCCCAUUUCAAUUGGAUGUCGCAGAUAUGCUUACGCCAGAAUACGCUUCAGAAAAGAUAAAAGUUCGUGAUGAAUUAAGAAAAGUGGAAAAAGAAAAGAAUGAAAAGGAAAGGGAGAUCAAAAGGCGCAAAUUCGAUUCAUCACCCAGCGAAGAUAUUAUCACACCAAAAGAGCAAUACGAUACACAAGUAGCCCUUGACGAAAGUGAAAAGGAUCAGUGGUUGGAGGAGUAUAAGAAACAUUUCCCUGAAAAUUUGGAAAAAGGUGAAAACCCAUCCUGCGUUUAUAACCUAAUUGGUGUCAUCACCCAUCAAGGUGCCAAUUCUGAGUCUGGACAUUAUCAAGCUUUUAUAAGGGAUGAAUUGGACGAAAAUAAAUGGUAUAAGUUUAACGAUGAUAAAGUUAGCGUAGUUGAAAAGGAAAAAAUCGAGUCCUUGGCCGGUGGCGGUGAAAGUGAUAGCGCGCUGAUCUUAAUGUAUAAGGGGUUUGGUUUGUGA